AUGCAGAAGGAGAACGCAAAGCCUUUGCUCGUUGUUUACGCGGGUGCGGCCAAUGGAUCACAUCUUCCGUUCCUAUUCGACCUAUUCAAGACGAUUAAAUUUGUCCUAAUCGACCCUGCUCCUUUCUGUCCUGCGGUGCGAGAAAUCGCUCAACGCGCUGACGGUCCUAUCAAAGAGAUGGUGGAGGGGUACUGCACGGAUGAGUUGUGUCUUCGUUUGUCGCGUACCUAUCGUUCAGAUUACGAUAUUCUCCUUAUUAGCGAUAUACGUUCGGGUGAACCGAAGAAGCAGUCCAACAAGGAUAACACAGCUAUGAUUAUGCGUGACAACGAGAUGCAGCGAAGCUGGUGCUGGUCCCUCAGGGCAGAGGCGGCUUUGCUUAAAUUCCACCCUCCAUACCCUCCUUGCAGAGAUACCAAAUCGCGGCAUUACGAUGCAGCCGACGACACUCCCGAAAGCGUUGAGUACAUGGACGGAAUUCGUCUCUUUGGAGUUUGGGCACCGAAAUCAUCGUCAGAGUUGCGUCUCUGUGUGAAGGGUCCUUUUGUUCCUGGUGCUAAAAUUGCAAUGCGACAUUACGACUGCAGUAUGCAUGAAGAGCAGUGUGCCUUCUACAAUACAGAGGGCCGUUAUGCUCGUGAUUGUGAGGCGGAAAAAAACAUUUUGGCACGGUACCUUAAACUUUUCCCAAGUGCGUACUCCGGCGAUGUCGUUGCGUUGUCACAUGCCGUUAGUGCUUUUCUAAAGUUCCCGCUGUUCCGUCCCCUGGAGUCUACUUUCACAGAGGAUGAUGCGCGGUGGGUAACUCUUCUGUAUUCGACGAGAGAUGUCGAGAACUUGGCGUGGUUCGAGCGGUUGCGUGGCUUGAUGACAUCAAAGGUUGUUCAGGAUUUAGUCAAGAUGUGGCGCGAUUCAACUUGUGUUCCAGUAGAUGCCACGAUUGGCUCCAUCGCGCUUUCAAAAGAAUUCUGGACGAUUAUGUGUACUGGCAACCUUGUAGAGGCCUAUAGCCUUCCGCGCAUUUGGUGGCGUUUUGCCCCUCAAAUCAUCUCGCGAAAGACAAAGAGGUCAUCUUAA